ACUAUACGCACUCUUUGCCCUCUUCAUUCCUAAUUCAUAUCAAUCGAUGCCAAUUGGAUAAUUACAAAACCAGUGCGGCCGGAUAGCCGUUCGCGAAGGGUAAUUGGAAUAUUUUAAAAUUCGCGAAUAAAAAUGUUGAAGACUGGUAAUAUAAUCCGAAUUGUAAACGAUCAGCUUCUACUGAAAAAUAAUAAAUUUAUACCAAACUGGUUUCGAUAUUCAACCGGUGUUGAAUGUGAACCAGCUAAGCCUUGCAUACGCACUGCAGUACCAGGGCCGAAGUCACAGGAGCUCUUUAAAGACCUCAAUGUCCUGCAGCAAGCAGGUGCUGUACAAUUAUUCGCAGAUUAUGACAAAUGUAUGGGAAAUUACUUCGUGGACGCCGAUGGGAACACGUUCCUGGAUGCGUUCACGCAGAUAUCGUCGAUCCCCAUCGGGUAUAAUCACCCAAAAUUAUUAAACGCAUUUUGUGAUACACAUAACUUGAAGCAACUGAUAAACCGACCGGCGUUAGGUGUAUUCCCAUCUCAAAAGUGGCCUGAGAUGUUGAACAACGUGUUGAUGCCGGUGGCGCCGGCCGGCCUCACCUGCAUAGCCACCAUGAUGUGCGGCUCAUGUUCCAACGAGAACGCCUUCAAAUCUGUCUUCAUGUGGUAUCGAACGAAAGAACGAGGCGGAAAGAUCGAUUUUACUCAAGAAGAAAUUAACUCCUGCAUGAUCAACCAGCCGCCGGGAUCUCCGCAUUUGUCUAUAUUGUCUUUCAAGCUAGGUUUCCACGGGCGCACGUUCGGCGCGUUGUCGUCGACGCGGUCAAAGCCUAUCCACAAGCUGGACUGUCCCGCUUUCUCGUGGCCCGUGGCCCCCUUCCCUCACUACAAAUACCCACUCCAGGAACACAAGCGAGAGAAUGCUGAGAUGGAUCGCAAAUGCUUGGAGGAGGUGGAGGAUAUAAUCCAUUGCCAGAAGUCGUGCAACCCUGUAGCCGGGGUCAUAAUAGAGCCUAUACAGGCCGAGGGCGGAGACAACGAAGCAUCUCCUGAGUUCUUCCAGAAACUUCAGAAAAUAUGCAAGAAAAAUGGUGUUGCACUCAUAAUGGACGAGGUGCAGACGGGCUGCGGCCCGACGGGCAAGAUGUGGUGCCACGAGCACUUCGCGCUGGCCGCGCCGCCGGACCUCGUCACCUUCAGCAAGAAGAUGCUCACCGGGGGGUUCUACUUCAGCGAGGCCUUCAAGCCCCCUCAUCCGUACCGAGUGUUCAACACGUGGAUGGGUGACCCGGGAAAGCUGAUCCUCUUGGCCAAGGUUUUGGAAGUCAUCAAAAGUGACAAUCUCAUUGCUUCGACUCAAAAAGUGGGAGAACAUUUGAAGAAUGGUCUCCACCAGCUGGAGAAGGAGUUCCCGAAUAUUAUGAGCAGCGUGCGCGGUCGCGGCACAUUCUUAGCUUUCGACGCAACCACGGCGCAGCUCCGAGACAAGAUUAAUAAUAACAUGAAGAAAAAUGGCGUGCUGGGCGGCGCGUGCGGCGAGCGCGCCAUACGCAUCCGACCGGCCUUGGUGUUCCAAAAGAAACACGCGGAUAUAUAUCUAGAUAUUUUAAGGAAAACACUCAAAGAAUUUUAGAAUGUGACAAUACAAAAUCUUCUCAAUAUUCAUUCCAUAGAUAUGCAGUAUGAGGUGCUGUAUGCAAUAAUUAAAUUAUGUGACAUUUCACAGUAUUAUUAGCAUUUUAUGCAUUUAUUUUUGUGCCAAAGUGCCAUAGUUACCUAUUUAUAUAUUUUAUUUUAAAGCACAAACUAUUGUAGUAAUGUUUAAUUUAUUUAUUUAAAUGUCAAAAUGUUGU